AAUCAAUGGGGUUCUACAGACAGACGGCAAUAGCAGAUUAUUUAUUACACAAUGGCAGACGGCAGAGUUUUGUAGCUCAGCCAAAACACGAGUCCGUUACACCACACACACCAGUCAGUGACUGAAAUUACAAUAAGUUCUACGCAUGUAGUGAGUCAUAUACAAUCGCUGAGCAACCGAGUCAUGCAGGAGCUGGCCACCCGGAAGAAGCUACAACAUUUGCCGCCAUUUUUUUCAUCAGUUUCAUUUACCGGAAACGUUUGUUCUGUCGUCGCAGUGUGUCUCGUGAGUACGGGGGGAUAAUGUCUCGUUCAUUCAGUGGCAGAACCUUGCGUCUGCUUACACCUGGCGUUGGGGACGAGAUAAUUUCCUUCUGCGAGUGACAUUAUUGACGAAGGAAUUUGCCAGAACUCACUUAAUCUUCUCCCACCAGAAUCUUCAUGUGAACAGAUAAAAUUCAGCCUGAGACUGAACGACUGACGUAAUAUUGAUGUCCACAUGGAAGAGCCACCAUCUUGCGAAACGCGUUACCUGUUCCUGGCAGGUCACGUGCUGUUAAUUAUCGGCUUCACGUGCUACGUCGUGGGGUUCGCCACGGUCGGCUGGGUGGAUGCCGGUGGAGUGAGGCAGGGUCUGUGGUCGAGUUGUGAAGACCAUGUGCAUCGCAUACAGCAGCUCGGUCAAAGGGUGGCUGGAAGGAUCUCGAAUUUUGUUGACCUUUGGCCCUUAUCUGCUACCUUCUGGCGUUCCUCCUGGGACUGCUGUUCCACUGCUUGUCCUACACGCGCUGCUGGUCUGCCACCGGCGUCCUCGCCACGUGGAUCUUGGAAAUAUUGGCCGGCGUUGGAUCCCUUUUCAGCUUCAUCGGGGUGUGCAUCAUGGGCAGAAACGGUGAGCGCGAAGGCUCCCUGCAGUUCCUCUUCUCUAACAGCUGCCAGCCUCAUCCUGAUCGUCCCUGGCACGUUCAUGACGGGCUUCACGCGCAGAGGAGUGACAAGGAGCAUCAAGAACCGCAACUCCAUCGUGCCGCAGACACCUGCUCCAUCUCUCUCUCAGACUCCAGCACGCGGCCGCUUACCUCCCCUUCCAGGAGCCUCGUCGGGUAUCGGGGUACGUGCAGGCGUGGACAGCUCUGGGCCACAAGGAUUACAUGUGGAGCCACAAGGAAGGCAUCCUCUCAACUGCCUUACAUUGCCUCACACUAUCAUCCAUUAUCAGCGAGGCAGCUUCAUCCCCUGGAGCACUUUCCCGAUUCCCAAGAUCCUCUUCCCUUUCCUUCAGCGCCCCCUACAGAAGACCGACCUCCUAGCUACGCAGAAGCCAUUAACACUGGUUACAUGUAGACUUUUAACAAAGCACGUGUUACUUCUAAGCUGAGGCAUGCUGUGGAUGUACUGCUAAGUUUUUGUUGAUUUCCCUUUUGUGGAAUAUCAAACCAUCUUGAAUUUAGAAAGUGGCAAUUAUUUUCUCCAUUUUGAGGAGAAAAGUCAGACUCCUGUAGUGUUCAAAAUCCGUGUGUGAGUGUGUUUUGGACAUUUUCGCUAUCAUCGACAGUUUUGGAAGCAAAGUUGGUCUGGACCAAACAAUCGUUUGCCAUGAAGACAAAGUGGCUUUUCCUCAUACUCGAUGUACUGUGGAUGAGAAUAACUGGUAGUUCGACACAUGGUGGUCAUAGACGGGUAGAAGUAGUGACAGCUAACCUUGUUACUACCUGUAGCAGUACCGUGUACUAAGGUUGGACAAAAGAUCUGAUAUGGGAAGACAAGGCCAUCGGGACAUUUUACAACCGCUCAUAAAAAACAGUAAAUUAUUUUCUUCUGCUAUUUGAUGUCAGUAUCUUUUCCUCUUUCUCUUUGUUUGUCUCUUGCUUUACUAUGUUGAAUCCUCAUUCUCCCUCUCUUAGACUGAGGCACAGAGUCAUAAAUGCCAUUUGUAAACAUCCCGAGGCCCCAUGGGAGCAGGGCCAAGAUGUUUAGAAGAGCAUUUUACACCAGCAUCUAGGUAUUCGUCCUGAAGUACAUCACUACCCUCUCAUAUAAACCAGAAUCAUCCAUUUGACAAGCAUUGUGUAGCAGACAGACCUACUUAUGGCUAGUACCUGGACUGGUGCUAAUUAUGGUAAAUUUAAUUAUCGUUGUACGAUAUGCAUGGUAUUAUAAAGCAUACACCUACCGUUUAUGCUUAAGAUGAGAGGUAUACAAAAUAAAUUGCAUAUUUUCUUGAAUACUUUAAAUAUUGACAUUUUACAAUGUUUUUAUGAGUAUUUCAUUUCGUCUUUCUCAGCUUUUUGUUAGUGUCCGUGGCUUUUUGUUUCAUAUAUUUGUCCUUAUGUAAAUAAAUUGUUUUGAUUAAAGGUGAUGUUCCCUGUGUUAUAAAAGGAAAAAAUAUUCUUCUUCGAUGUCUUUCAGAGCAGCAUUGAAAAUAUUUAAAAAAUCAACGAAUAGUGGUCAUCUUAACGAUGCUAUAACUAUAACUAAUGCAUCAUUUAACAUUGUUUCCUAUUCUCGGGUGGUGGCAGAGGGGAGACUUUUUCCGCGUAACUUUUCUGUUUGUCGUAAAGAAUGAAGUAUAUUACUUCAUAGACUCCACUGUUUAUUCAUUUGUUCAUUUAUUUUUCUUGCAUAAUGCUGCUUAAUUCUGACGGAUUCACUGCCUCUUUGAUACAACACUACUUUUGCCACGCUCACUUACGUCAAACUUCAUAAAUGACGUAAAAGAAUGAGUCGCGCGGGGUCGCGUCGACACCUACGCAACUGCCCUCCCCUGACGACAAAAAGAA